AUGACGUUACUCAAGGACGCUAUAAUAAAUAUCCUAGGCUAUUUCCCAUACUACAUGCGACCACCAUUCCUGUCAUUCAACGCCAACGCCCUUAGUGUUCUCAAAGACCUUGAGUACCACGUUAUCAUUAGUAACCUAAAUACUAAAGAUUGGAAGUACCAAUCGGAAACCGGGAUCAAUACAGCAAAGCAGCUCUUUAUCGAUAGUCUUAACCGACCCUACACCAUCGUCGAAGCUCACGAUCAAGAAGUCUGGACACAUGACGAGCUCAUCAACUACAUGAUCUCGGUAGUGCAAAGCAGAGGCAUCAAGACUGUGACUGUUGCAGAAUGUCCAGGUGAAUCAUCGACAUCACAGUGGUACCGCUCGAUUCGCCAACCAAGAUCCACCAAUACGAUGUCUAGCGCUGAUGCUGGCCCGACCGUAGUUUACUCCCUCAAUGGAAGGUGCGGCAACAUCAACGCUGGCAACAAUAUGGGCUGGACGUGCCCUCCAAAUGGCGGCCGGUGCUGCAGUAAAUAUGGAAGCUGCGGAAGUACCAGCGACUACUGCGCUGCGAAUGUCUGCCAGCCAGCUUUUGAGUUGUGCAACCCCCCAGUUCCUUCAUCUUCCUACCGAGACGAGGCCAGCAUGACGUCCGGGCCUGCUGCUACUAACGUACCUUCAUCCCCUACUGCUACGAAUGUACCUUCAUCGACUUUUGUCUUUUCCAACAACAAUGCAACAGCUACCUCACCUGAUACGGCUACGACACCCCUCGGAUCAGGAAAAUGGACCGUGCGUCUACCCCGGCUUUUACCCAUGUACCCCGACUUUUUUCCCCCGCAAAACGAAGGAUCGUCCAUUGAGAAUGCCAGAUUCAUGACCGGGAUGAUACCUUCAAUCAACCGCUCGAUCUUCCUUGGGGCUCUCGUAGCCUCAUUGAAGGCAGAGGCUGCUCACAUCUCCUCUUCCUCCAAACCAAUCGCCAUAUCCAAAGCAGCUCCCAACACGGCUGGCAUUCCUCUGGACUCUUUUGUCUCAUUCUCUUUCGAGUUCUCAUCAUGGCCCGAUUUCGCUGGCAAUUUGUCGCACCCGAAUGCGUUCACAUACAACCUCAUGAGCAACCUUGGUAAACUCCAAGGUUCAUUGCCAAUCGCUCGAGUGGGCGGCAACACACAAGAUAUCGCCAUCUUCGAUGAAUCGCAAAAGACUGGCCUCGUCGGCGUCAUCCGACCAAACGUCUCAGCCGACUACCCGACCAUCAUCACCAUCGGCCCGUCCUAUUUCGAGUCUUACAAGACAAUGCCCAAGGGCACAAAGUUUGUUCACGGCUUCAACAUGGGUGCCAACUCUAGCGCUGCAAGAGACGCGACUUGGGCAUCCGUAUCGUAUGCCUGCAAAGCGAUAGGGAGCGACCUGUUGUUUUGGGAGUACGGCAACGAGCCUGAUCUCUUUCAUGCUUCUGGCUAUCGGCCUGACAACUGGACCGAAGCCGACUACGUGUCUGAAUGGCUAAACGGCACCACUGCCAUUGAAGAGGCGACCAAGGCAGCCUGCCCAGAUCUCGCGGGAACCAAGUUCAUGGCACCGAGUUUCGCAGGCGUCGCGCGCAAUGACUACUUCACUUUAGAUCCAGUGGAAGCGUUCAGGCAAGGUCUGGACGAGAAGAAGAAUAUUGGUCUGAUCGCAUCCCACAACUACAUGGGUGUUUCCACAAACCCUGGCAUUACUUUGCAAGGCACAUUGAUGAACCAUAGUAGCGUGGUAGAUAAGGCGAACGCCCAGCUCAAUGUUUCAAGAGGUAUCAAGGAGCUAGGGGAAGCGCUCGAUCCAAGCGUCCCAUUCAUCAUGGGCGAGCACAACUCGCUCGCUCGACAAGGACGACCGGGCCUGAGCAACAGUUUCGGUGCUGCCUUGUGGGGUGUGGACUGGAACGUCUAUCUUGCAUCGCAAAACCUUUCUCGCUCUCACAUGCACCAAGGCACCAACUACCGGUACCAAUCCUGGCAACCGAUCGAAACCAACAUCACAACCCGCGGCACCAAACCCCCUUACUACGGCAACCUCGCCGUCGCAGCCUUCAUGCACAAGCCCUCGCCCUCAUCUCGCCUGCACAUCUCAAGCCUCGCCUCAUCGUCCAUAUACUCGACCCAAUACGCUGCUCACGUCGAUGACACGCUUGCCCGCCUGCUCCUCGUCGAUCUACACACGUACAACACCACCGCAGACAACAACUACACCGACGCUUUCCCGCGGCCCUCCGAAACGUACUCGUUCCAGCUCCCGCGGGAGUGCAAAGGCGAAGCGCACGUGCAGAGGCUGUUGGCGAAUGGAAGUGAUGCCAUUUCGGGUAUCACGUGGGAUGGGUACAGCUACAAUUAUGAGCUUGAUGAGGGGAAGCCUGUUCGGCUGGGUAAUGUGACGUGCGGGGAGAGUGUCAAGGUUGACGGAAAGGGUUUGAUGAGCGUAGAGGUGCCUUGGAGUAGUGCGGCGAUUGUUAGUGUGGACUGCUGA